AUGCGCACCCCAGACCCCUUUGGGGAUGAGCAUCGCUCCCCCGUUUUGCACCCUCAGCAAAUGAACACCAGUUACAACCGCACCCCGUCUCCCGGGCGACCUCUCGACGCCUACCAGCUGCAGGACAACCCAUAUGCCCCGACCGGACAUUUGCCCAUGCCCUCGAGUGAUCGUCUUGCCGACCAACCUACCUACUCGGUCGAGAAUAUCCACAACUCUUACGGCCACAACGAAGCCUACGAAGGACACCAUCAACCUUACGGUUAUGGCGAAUAUGCGGUUGACCCCGAAGCUCAUCACGAUGCCUAUUAUACCCAGCCGUACGAGCCUUCCCACACUCCUCACGACGAUUAUGACCUUGGCCAAUACCCAGAGGGUGGCCACACCCCGUUUGAUGACCACCCCCAAGCUCCCAUGUUGCAUCCUAGCGACAACCCCUUCGGGCCGGACCCCUACAAAGAAGGCUACGAGGAUGAGCCGCGCUUAACUCCGAGCCCAGCUCCCAUCCGACGCUGGAAGACGGUGAAGGAAGUUCAACUAUUCAACGGCAAUCUGGUCCUGGAUUGUCCCAUCGCGCCGAAACUGUUGAGCCAAGUACCCCACGCGCCGCCUCCAGACCGUGAUGAGUUCACUCACAUGCGCUAUUCGGCCGCGACUUGCGAUCCUGCAGAGUUCUUCGAGGAGCGCUUUACUCUGCGCCAGAAGCUCUUCGCCAAGCCCCGCCAUACCGAGCUUUUCAUCGCGGUGACCAUGUACAAUGAGGAUGACUUCCUUUUUGCGCGCACCAUGUCUGGUGUGUUCAAAAAUAUCAAUCACAUGUGCUCGCGCACCAGCAGCAAGACAUGGGGCAAGGAUGCUUGGAAGAAGAUCGUGGUCUGUGUUAUCAGCGACGGUCGUGCCAAGAUCAACCCGCGCACACGCGCUGUGUUGGCUGGUCUGGGUGUUUAUCAGGACGGAAUUGCUAAGCAGCAGGUCAAUGGCAAGGACGUGACUGCACACAUCUACGAGUACACCACCCAGGUGGGUCUCGAGGUGAAGGGAACUCAGGUCCACCUCAAGCCGCGUGCAGGACCGCCUGUGCAAAUGAUUUUCUGCUUGAAGGAAAAGAACCAGAAAAAGAUCAACUCUCAUCGUUGGUUCUUCCAGGCGUUCGGCCGAGUGCUGGACCCGAAUAUCUGUGUUCUUCUUGAUGCGGGUACUAAGCCCGGCAAGGAUUCGAUUUACCACUUGUGGAAGGCUUUCGACGUUGAGCCGAUGUGUGGUGGUGCCUGCGGAGAGAUUAAGGUCAUGCUUUCGCACGGCAAGAAGCUGCUGAACCCCUUGGUGGCUGGUCAGAACUUCGAGUACAAGCUCAGUAACAUUCUCGACAAGCCUUUAGAGUCUGCAUUUGGUUUCAUUACUGUGUUGCCUGGUGCCUUCUCAGCCUACCGUUACGUGGCUUUGCAGAACGACAAGAAUGGCCAAGGCCCCCUGGAGCGAUACUUCCUAGGUGAGAAGAUGCACGGUGCCAACGCGGGUAUUUUCACUGCCAAUAUGUACCUGGCUGAGGAUCGUAUUCUAUGUUUCGAGAUUGUGUCCAAGCGGAAAUGCCGUUGGUUGUUGCAGUAUGUCAAGUCAUCUACUGGUGAAACCGAUGUGCCCGACCGCAUGGCCGAAUUUAUCUUGCAGCGACGUCGUUGGUUGAACGGUAGUUUUUUCGCUGCUGUCUAUGCCAUCACCCACUUCUACCAGAUAUUCCGCAGCGAUCACAGUUUCCUGCGCAAGUUCGCACUAAUGAUUGAGUUCAUCUAUCAAACCGUCGCCAUGAUCUUUGCGUGGUUCGGUAUCGGCAAUUUCUUCCUGGUCUUCCAUAUCCUUACGACAUACCUUGGUAGUGACGAACUGCUAGGUACAGCCGGAAAGGUCUUGGGUAUAGUUUUCGAAUGGCUUUAUCUCGCAACUCUGGUCACCUGUUUCGUGCUCGCGCUUGGUAACCGACCUGGUGGGUCCAACAAGUUCUAUAUGACGAUGGUCUACUUCUGGAUCUUCAUCAUGAUAUACUUGUCUUUCGCAGCGGUCUUUGUCACUGUGAAGUCCAUCCAGAGUGAAGUUCAACAAAACAACUUCACAGUCAGCGAACUUUUCACCAACAAGACUUUCUUCUCGAUCAUCGUGUCACUUGGAUCAACCUAUGUCAUGUGGUUCAUCGCGUCCUUCAUCUUCAUGGACCCUUGGCACAUGUUCACUUCGUUCAUCCAAUACAUUCUGCUAACUCCGACCUACAUCAACGUUCUCAACAUCUACGCCUUCUGUAACACCCACGAUAUCACAUGGGGUACCAAGGGUGACGACAAGGCCGAGAAGCUGCCCUCUGCGAAUCUGAAGCCCGGCGGCAAGGUCGACGUGAACAUCCCGCAGGACGAUGGAGAUCUCAACGCGCAGUACGAGGCCGAAUUAUUGAAGUUCUCUAUGAAACCACCCAAGGAGGUGGAGGUCAUCUCGGAGGCAGAUAAGCAAGCCGACUAUUACAAGGGAUUCCGCAGUGCUGUCGUGCUGGCCUGGGUCUUCUGUAACUUUGCCCUCGGCGCUGUUGUUCUAAGCGCAGCUGGUCUAGAAGCCUUCGACGACACGAGCAGCACCAACGACACCAACCAAGAUACGACGCAAUCCGAGCGUUCAUUGAUCUACAUGGAGGUUGUCUUGUGGUCUGUGGCCGCGCUAUCGAUGUUCAAGUUCGUCGGUGCCAUGUGGUACCUGGUGGUUCGGAUGUUCCGAGGCGUUUAA